AUGCCAUCCCACCUCAGAUCUUCAAGUGUGCCUUCAAGCCCCUGCGCGGGCGAAACCAACGUUGAAGCACAACUUCAGAGCCUAAACACCGCCGUCUCCUCACCCUCUUCGACCAUCGAGACAAUGCUUGACGGGUUGAGGAGGCUCGGAGAUAUUUACGACUGCAUCGACGAGCUCGCAAGCUUACCCAGGAGCCAAGCUCUCAUCUGCAAGCCGCAGCAUAGGAUUGCUGUGGAGCAAGAGCUCGAGCGCUCCCUGGUGUUGCUCGACCUCUGCGACGCGGUGCAAGUGAGCUUCUCCGAGCUCAAGGCGAGCGUACAGGACAUGCAGCUGAUUAUCAAGAGAGGAGAUGAUGCGGCUCUUCAGGCCAAGAUCCAGUCUUGGUUCCGCCUGACCAAGAAAGCGCAAAAGCAGUUCAAGAAGACCAGCAGAAACUCUUCUCCGGCUGAUGUCGAGAGCUGCAGAAUGGUCUGUCUGUUGGCUAAAGCUAGGGACGUCGCUGUCACAACGAUUGAAUCCUCGGUGGAACUCCUGUCGAAGCAAAUUGCAGCGCCGAAUUCCAGCAAGUGGUCUCUUGUACCCAAGGCGUCCCAGAAGAGAAGUGUGACGUGCAAGGAGGAGCAAUUGCAGGUGCUGGAGUUGGACAUUGUUGAUCUUGAGAGCGGAGUCGAGUCUUUGUUCAGGAGAUUGAUCCAGAGCAGAGUUUCUCUUCUGAAUACUCUGAGCUUGUAG